CGAGCAUUUCUCCCAUGAUUGAGUACGUUAAUUAUUGCUUUUAUUUGAAAGAGUUUGCGUGAUUUCUUUCUACUGUAAAGUAGGGCUCGAGGUGCCUUGUCGUCAGUUAUAAGUGAUUUCCCUUUAUUUAAUUAACGUCAUUUGUACUGUAAAAAAUGUCGCUUAUUCAGCUGUUCAGUGUUAGAACUGUUAAAUAAAUGAUUUUACUUGUGUGGCUAAAUAAUUUUUCAUGAUUUACGAUUUGUACAGUACAGAUGACAAUUUUACAGUCUUUAUAUUUCAUUCAGUUCUUGAAAAAAGAAUUCAAAGAAAUUAAUAUGACAAAGGAAAGAAAGCUCAUGACCAGAAAACAUGUGUAGCAGCAACUGAUAAGGACUUGCAACAAGCUUAAACACUGUUAAAGAAAGACAUUUGAGAAUGAGUGAGAGUGAGGAAAGUUCUAGAUUUGAAAAUGUUGAUGGAUUGAUAUCUCUUUCUUCUGACAUGGAACAACACCGUGACAAUAUGGGCCAUAGAUGUUAUAUUUGCUAUCAAGUAUUUGUGGAAAAAACAGACCUGGAAACACAUAAUAUGACAGUUCAUGCUAGUGAGAAAGUGGAUUCUAAUGAGAAAAGCUUUAUGUGUGAAAUAUGCAAUAUGUCAUUCUCCCAAAAAGAACAUCUUCAAGGACAUUUGAUGAAUCACACUGCAGGUGAGAAUAAGGAAAUAUUUGCAAUGUUUGAUAAAUUAUUUCCUUGUAAAGAUACACUAGAAAGUAAUAUGACAAUUCACACUGGUGAAAAGAAAUGUAAGUGUGAAAUCUGUGAUGAAUUAUUUUUACAGAUAGGUAAUCUUACGGCAUAUAUGAUGAUACUCAGUGGAAAACAUACAUGUGAUAAUUCCUUUUCUCAGAGAAGUAGCUUAGGAGCACACAUGACACUGCACAGUGGUGAGAAAAGAUAUAUGUGUGAAAUAUGUGGAAGGUCAUUUGCAAAAAACAGCAAUCUUAAAACACAUAUGUUAAUACACACAGGUGAAAAGAAACAUAAAUGUGAAAUAUGUGAAAAAUCAUUCUCUCGAAAAGCGGCGCUGCAAAACCACAUGCCAGUACAUACUGAUGAAAAGUCGCAUACAUGUGAAAUAUGUGGUAAAUCAUUUUCUCAGAAAAAUAAUCUCAAAAGACACAUGGAUAUACACACUUGUGAUAAUAAACAUACAUGUAUUAUUUGUGAGAAAUCGUUUUCUCGUAAAGAGAGUCUAAAAUUCCAUAUGAUCAUACACACUGAUGAAAAGAAACAUACGUGUAAAAUAUGUGAGAAAUCAUUUUCUCGUAUAGAAUAUCUUAAAACCCAUUUGACAAUACAUACUGGUGAAAAGAAACAUAAAUGUGAAAUAUGUGAGAAAUCAUUUACUCAAAAACAUAAUCUAAAAAUUCAUAUGACAAAACAUACUGGUGAAAAGAGACAUACUGGUGAAAAGAAACACACAUGUGAAGUAUGUGCUAAGUCAUUUUCUCACCAGUGUAGCCUUAAUAUGCAUAUGAUUAUACACACUGGUGAGAAGAAACACACAUGUGAAAUAUGUGAGAAAUCGUUUGGUAAAAAAAAUAACCUUAAAAGACAUACUGCACUACACACUGGUGGUAAGAAAUAUGCAUGUAAAAUUUGUGGAAAAUUAUAUUCUCGUAAUGAGAAUUUGAAAAAUCAUAUGACAAAACAUACUGGUGAUAAGAUAUCAUGGACCUUAGAGCACAAAAGAAGACAUUUUAGAAUGAGUGAGGAAAGUUCUAUAUUUGAAAACUGUGAUAGAUUGUUUUCUCUUUCAUCUGAUAUGAAACAAGAACCUGAAAAUGUGUGCCAUAGAUGUUAUAUUUGCAAUCAAGUAUUUGUGGAAAAAGCAGACCUAGAAACACAUAUUACGACUGUUCAUGCUAGUGAGAAAGUGGAUUCUAAUGAGAAAAGCUUUAUGUGUGAAAUAUGCAAUAAAUCAUUCUCCCAAAAAGAACAUCUUCAAGGGCAUUUGAUGAAUCACACUGCAGGUGAGAAUAAGGAAAUAUUUGCAGUGUGUGAUAAAUUAUUUCCUUGUAAAGAUACAGUAGAAAGUAAUAUGACAAUUCACACUGGUGAAAAGAAAUGUAGGUGUGAAAGUUGUGAUAAACUUUUUUCUCAGAUGGAUGACCUUGCAACAUAUAUGAUGAAACUCAGUGAUAAAAAGAAACAUAUGUGUGAAAUAUGUGAUAAAUCAUUUUCUAACAAUAGUAGCCUUAAAACACACAUGACAAUACAUAGUGGUGAGAAAAGACAUACAUGUGAAAUAUGUGGAUGGUCAUUUGCUCAAAGAAGUACUUUCAGAAAGCAUUUGUUGAUACACACUGGAGAAAAGAAACAUACAUGUGAAGUAUGUGAGAAAUCAUUUUCUCGAAAAGAGGGUCUGAAAAACCACAUGACUGUACACAUGGAUGAAAAGUUGUAUUCUUGUGAAAUAUGUUGUAAAUCCUUUUCUCAGAAAAGUAAUCUUAAAAGACAUAUGGCUAUACAUACUGGUGAGAAGAAAUAUAGAUGUGUUAUUUGUGAGAAAUCAUUUUCCCGAAAUGAGCAUCUCAAAAACCAUAUGCUGAUGCACACAGAUGAAAUGAAACAUACAUGUGAAAUUUGUGAGAAAUCAUUUCCUUUAUUAAGGUAUCUUAAAACCCACAUGACAGCACACACUGAAGAAAAAAAACAUACCUGUGAGAUAUGUGAGAGGGCAUUUUCUCGAAAAGAGCUUCUCAAAUUGCACAUGACAAUACACUCUGAUGAAAAGAAAUAUAAAUGUGAAAUAUGUGAUAAACUGUUUUCUCGAAAAGCCUAUCUACAACAACAUAUGAAAGUACACACUGUUAAAACACACACUGGUGAGAAGGAACAAAGAUCUACAUGUGAUAUAUGUGAUAAGUCAUUUUCUCUAAAAAGCAAUCUUAGCAGACAUAAGAAAUUACACACUGGUGAAAAGAAACAUACAUGCAUAAUAUGUGAGAAAUCUUUUUUCCGGAAAGGACAUCUAAAAAGCCAUAUGACAAAACACACUAGUGAUAAGAUAUGAUAUAAAUAAAUCAGUUUAUUAAAAAAUAUUUCUAUAAAAUACAGUAUCUUAAAAUAUAAAUAUGCCACAUGCACUUUAUAUUGCAAUUUCACAGUGUUGCGCAUGAGCUUGUAUGGACAUUUUCAAAUGGAAAGAGAAAAAUAAUUUCUCUGUACAAGAAGGGAACAAAAUGAAUCAUUAAAUAUCAGAAAUUUCAUUGUUAAUAUUAUAUAUUCUAUCAAUUAAAUCUGAAUAAAACAUGUAAUUCAUUAAGGAAUACAUGAGACAGAGGCAAAGAUUUUUCCUGAUGAAUUUUCUUAAUAUGUGCAUUAUGUAAUUGUGCCCAUGCCAUAAAAUAAUGUUGGGAGCAUUUUGUCUAAGUGUUUAUGUGUUAGAGUGAGUUGGUAUACGAGCCAGAACUUCUGCUCGCAUGAUUGGAUUUCAAAAUGAAUUGGUACAUAUGACCACUACUAGUAAAGUGUGUAGCACUCAAGAUCUAGGUCACAUGAACAAAGUUCAAGGUUACAGCAACAUAUUAUGUUAAUUUUCAUAUAGUGUGAAGUGGUUAUAGAGUUCAUGUCCAGGGACAUAAUUAUAUAAAUAAAUAACUUCUCCAUGCAUCACGGGAUUCAUAAGUACAUGUACUAAAUAUCAGGUCUUUAGCUUACAGGUUAGGAAUUUGUCAUAUAUUUUCAAUUGCUAUUAAAGUAAGUGUCCAUUUCAUUAUACCCCCGCACAACAAAGUUGUAAGGGGGGUAUACUGGAAUCAGCUUGUCUGUCCGGCCGUCCGUCCGUCCUGCCGUCCGGCCGUCGGUUUUUUCUUGUCCGCCCAAUAACUUAAGAUUCCUUUGACCCUUAGUCUUCAUAUUUGGCAUGGAGGUUAGUCAUGAUUAGUAGAUGACCCCUAUUGAUUUUGAGGUCACUAGGUCAAAAGUCAAGGUCACAGGGGCCUUGACUUCAAAAAGCUUGUCUGCCCAAUAACUUAAGAUUCCUUUGACCCUUAGUCUUCAUAUUUGGCAUGGAGGUUAGUCAUGAUUAGUAGAUGUCCCCUAUUGAUUUUGAGGUCACUAGGUCAAAGGUCAAGGUCACAGGGGCCUUGACUUCAAAAAGCUUGUCCGCCCAAUAACUUAAGAUUCCUUUGACCCUUAAACUUCAUAUUUGGCAUGGAGGUUAGUCAUGAUUAGAAGAUGUCCCCUAUUGAUUUUGAGGUCAC